AUGGGUAACCCCGUCGGCCAAGUCGUCGGCGCUCUGUUCGCGGCGUACCCCAUGGACUGGUUCGGUCGGAAGUUGACAUUCGCCGCAUGCGUGGUGUUGACCGCCGGCAUCGUGUUCAUACAGUUUUUCGCGCGUUCCUUAUCCGUCUUACUGGUGGGCGAGCUUCUCGGGGCCUCGUCCUGGGUAUCUCUUCGUGGCCAUCUCACGUCCUACGUCAACCUCUGCUUCGUCAUGGGCCAGCUUCUGGCUAACGGAGUGACGGCCGGGACGUCAAAGCUCGAUACUCACUGGGCGUACUCUCUCCCCUUCGCGCUGCAGUGGUUCUGGAUCCUUGUCAUCCUCCCCGGCCUGCUCUUCAUACCAGAGAGCCCCUGGUGGCUGGUUCGUAAGGGCAGGAUGGACGACGCAGAGAAGAGCCUCCGUCAGCUGGCUUCCACGAAAGUCAACGUCGCCGCUUCCUUGGCAUUCAUUGUUGAAACCGACAGGCUCGAGCAAGAGCUUGAAGCAGGCAGUACGUACCGGGACUGCCUGAAGGGCGUCAACUUGAGACGAACCGAGAUUUCAGUCGGAGUCUACUGCACCCAGGUUCUUAGCGGCAUAUAUCUCAUUAACUACGGCACGUACUUCUUUCAGCAAGCCGGCCUGCCUACUGACAAGGCAUUUGACAUGGCUAUUGGAUUCCUUGCCGUCGGAUUCCUCGGCACUGUCACAUCUUGGUACUUCUUGAUCCACUACGGCAGACGACCCAUCUACAUCAUCGGAUUGGCCUCCUUGGUGGUCUUGCAGCUUCUCAUCGGCAUUCUUGAUUGUGUCCCAGGGCGGCCGAAGGGCGUUGCUUGGGCAGAAUCGUCCCUGAUGCUCAUCUGGAACUUUGCCUACGAUCUAUCUGUUGGUCCCAUCUGUUUUGUCCUCAUCUCCGAAGCCUCGGCCACAAGAGUCCGAUCGAAGACGAUUGCUCUUGCCACCGCUGCCCAGGGUGUCCUCGGAAUCAUCAUGACUGUUGCUAUACCAUACAUGAUCAACCCAGACGAGGCAAACAUGCAGGGGAAGCUGGGGUUCUUCUUCGGAGGCCUGGCGGCCCUGUGCUUCAUCUGGGCCUGGUUCCGCGUCCCCGAGACCAUGGGGCGCACUUACGAAGAGCUCGACAUCUUGUUCGAAAAGCGAGUCCCGGCGCGUAAAUUCAAGGGUUACGUCGUCGAAGGCAUGACUUCCGCUGAACAUUAG